AUGUCUGAUAGCGAUGGGGCAAGGCGUUGGGCACAACUGAUCGCCGCUGGUUCUCACAGACUAGAUGCUAACAAAAGAUGGGAGACAGCUCGCCUUGCCCCCUUUCGAUCGCUAACGCCCCGCGAACCCCGGAGUUGGCGCCCACUGGCUCUGCGCCCGCCGUACCUGAUCUCCAUUAUAUGUUUGAUGUUGUCGAUGCUUCUGGCUUUGGAAGCACUACGACAGUACAGCGACCGUGAAGGGGGGUUGUUAUUCUUCGCCUACACGGAGGACAUCUCUCCUGUACAAUCUUUCCUCUAUAACUACCUGCCUAUAAUCGUUGCCCUGGUGCUUGUCCUGGUGUGGACAGUCACAGAUUUCGAUGUCCUCCGCCUGGAACCAUACUUCCAAUUGUCCCGACCCGAGGGAGCGCCAGCGGCUGUCCUCUUCAUCAACUAUAACUUCGGCCAAACAAUUCUCACCCCGAUCAAUGCCGCGCGUCGCCGCCAUUGGGUAGUUCUUUGGAUCUCAUUUGUCACCCUUUCCAUCCGAAUCAUACUCCCAGCUCUGCAAAGUACUGUUUUUGAGCUACGCGAGGUGGAUGUGGUUGACCAUGGAACCAUAAAAAGCUGGCCUAAUCUAGUGGAUCUGAACACUCAAGCGAACUGGAUGGCCACGCAGGCCAACAGCACUCUUGAUUCUGUGCUGAGCGUGAGUGAGCAAUUGCGACGGACCCGCUCCUCUAAAUACGCCGUUGCGCCCGUGGAGAUCCCCGACAGCGAUCAUAAUGAGAACACGAUUUGGACUCUGGAUCAGACUUUGUAUUGGGCGCAACUUUCAUGUCAGAACAUUUCCGUUGAAGAUAAGCUCACAGUCGCUAUCCACGAUCGUCCGGACGCGGCGUUUCCUACCAUCUCAUGGAACGCUAGUGCCAUCGACUUGAAAGAUACCUACGGAGGCGCCACAAAAUGCACUUUUGACUUUCGAUACGACAGUGUCUUCUUCCAUUCCACUGACUACUUGCAAGUACGGUAUUGGGAGCCGGCGAUCAGUGCUGCCGCUAUGGAAGCAUAUCCAGACCGAACCCAAGCUUUCACGGAAUUUAGCUGCGAUCCAUUCGAUGUUUAUGGCAUGUUGAUUGGGGUAAAUGUGACCAGGCCUAACUCGACUGUUACCGAAUACUCUGCAUAUGGUACUGCGUUUGCUUGUGAUAUCAUUUACCACAAGGCGGAAGCUCGUGUCUCCAUGCACUCUAACGGCUCCAUCACCUCGAUUGAGAUCGAGCGAGGCAGCACCCGCGCUCUCACGUCGUCUGAAUUCAACAUUGAUCACUUCCAGGCCCUGCUGUCUCAACGCGCUCCAUACACAAGUGAUAUGUUGUUUAUUCGUGAAAAUUCUACCACGGGAGCUCGCACAAUGACUGAACUCCCUAUCAUCAGCCAGGAGCUGGGAGAUCUCCAGCCUGUGCUGGUGCUCGACACAUCAACCGUCAUGACAGAAGCCGAAUUCGGAUCCAAGAUUGAGCGGGAUGUGAAGCAAUCGUUUGUACUCACCCUUGGUCGGCUGUUUGAUCCGGAAAAUCCUCCGACUGUCAUAACCGCCAUGCGCUCGUCAAAUCAAGUCGCCAUUGCAGUGGUCAGUUUUGCUGCCAUCUGGUCAGAGUUCAUUCUCGCCUUCGCCACCUUGACGGCGAUGUACCUUCUUUAUAUGUAUCGUUCGCGAGCAUUGUUCCUUCAAAGCGACCCAGGGUCAAUUGGUGCUAUGUGUAGUAUCGCCGCUGAUAUAUUCCACCCUUCCAACAUCCUUGCGGAGCCAGUGGCGGAGUUUCAUCAAUUUUCAACCCGUCAACUCCGUCGCAUCUUCCGAAAUGCUCGUUGUUACUGGAGGCAGGGCCCUUCGGGUAACAGACUGGAGAUCCUCGCUGAAGACGGAUCUCCUGUCAAGCUUGAAGGUCACCUCAAAACCCGCGCUGAUCCGAUGCCUCACUUUCUGAUGAUCCCUUUCUUUCUUAUUGAGUUCUUAGCCUUAGCGGGUAUUAUCAUUCUCAUUGGACUUGUGGUCUCCUCUUUGCUUCGGGACGGCCGGUUCAAUCAUCUCACCCAAUCUGAUUCCAGUGCAUUCCAAGUCGUCUUAUCCUUCUUGCCUUCCGUGGUCGCUUCCUCCGUGGGAUCUCUAUGCACAUCCAUUCACCGCAACCUGACUAUUUUGGAGCCUUGGGUCCACCUGCAACGGGGCAACGCCACGGCACGGACAUCAUUGUCACUGAACUAUUCAUCCCAGAGUCCGUUCGCUAUUUUCAUCAAAUCCGUUCGUGACCGACAUGUCUUAUUGGGUCUCGUAUCCGUCGCAUGCGUUGUGAACAUGGCCUUGACUGUGGUCGCGGGUGCGCUUUUUACCCAAAAAAGGACGACUUCGACGAUGGACACGACGGAUUUGACAAUGAAUUAUAGUCAGUCCACUUUCCGACAAACGGAUUUUGCCGCUCAAUUUACCGAGUAUGAUUUGAUACAAACCAGUAUCACCAGCGGCGUGCCCAUGCUGCCCUGGACCAGCCCAAAUCAGUCCUUCGUUCCUAUACUCGUGAAUAAUCGCCAGUCAGAUGUGACUUACGCCGCCUCGACUCUUGGUGUUGGUACCGCGCUCGAGUGCGAGCCCCUUUCUUCCAAAGCUCUUGUCUAUGAUAAAUCCGAUGAUAAUCAUCAUUGGCGUUACAGAAUGUUUGACAAUCCGUCCAUGGAAUGCGACGCACGCAUGCCAGCUUUGAAGAGCCGGGAUGAAGGUAUUGCGCUGUCUAUUGAAUUCUUGUCCCCGGACGAGAACAACGAAUCGGAUCUAUGUCAGACAUCGACCGUUCUGGUAGUCGGUCGUUGGAAUUACCUACCGAACACCCCUAUCACGGAUGACAACACCGUCGCAUUACAUUGUGAGCCUCAAAUGAGGUUACAAAAUUAUUCCAUCAUGUUUGACCAGAAGGGUCAGAUAGGUUGGCAUAAACCUGUCCCCGAGACGCUCAUCACUCAUGGAGCCAUGUACGACAAUGCGACCGUGAGUCUUGGUCAAUUCAACAAAGUCUUUGCUGCUAUCCCCAGCAACUAUGUCGGCAAUACCACCAUGCAGAACGGCACAUACAACAUAACUUCCUACGACUGGGCUGGCUUCCUCGUUGCGCGUCUCUAUAAGCGCGAAGACCCGGAAUUUGAUUCUUUAGAUCCUGCUCUUCUGACCGACAUGACUCAAACUGUAUAUCAAUGGGUGUACAGCACCUACUUUUCCAUUUGGCGCGACAUUUACCUCGAGCCGCUGCCUCACCCGGUCCGGGCCACAAAUGCGACAAUCACCCGCAGUAUGUGGUGCAUGAUUCCAUCGGCUCCAUCCCUUGCGAUUGCUUUGGCGAUCAUUGCAUUUGAUACGGUAGUCGUGCUGUUGGUCUUCGGAACACGGCGCGGUCGCUUCCGUGGGCCACGAAUGCCGCGCUCGAUCGGGGCCAUCAUUCCUUGGAUUUCGCAUAGCCAAAUGCUUCAAGAUUUUACGGAUACUCAUCAUUGGAGCAGUGCCCAACGACAUGCUCACCUCGCAUCUUUGAACAAACGUUAUGGUUUCCGCAUGUUCAUGGGUGUCGAUAAUCGCUGGAGGUUUGCCGUUGAUCAGGAGGAUAACCGCAUGCCUCCCGGUUCCCCCCUCACGAGCCCGGAAUCGGAGAUCGACAAGACAGUCGAAGUUGAGCUGCAGGAGAUCCGAGGUUCGCCUCCCCGAGUCACGAUUGAUGUCCCUACCUAUGUUACGACCUACUACUUUGGAGUAUAUACAUGA